UCUGGUGUUUGUCUUUUCUCUGCCUGUCUCUGCUGCCGGUUAUCUCGCGGUGUUUGGUGGGUUGGCAGACUGACCAGUAGGUGUUGCGUGUAGGAGGCGGUGUGAUGUCAGAGACGUGCGCUCAGGUGGAGGUGAACUGCAGUUUUUGGUGAAACCACAGGUCUCAGAUCAGCUUGAUAUUUAAAUCCGUACUUUUCCUUAUGGAGUCUGGUUGAGAUAACUUAGUGGUCCUGGACCAUCGCUGCCUGUCAAGCCAAGGAGCUGCGCGGUUUGUUCCGGACGGAUGGUCAUAUCGACGUAUCGCUCGUCUCAUAUUAAGCAGGUUUUGAUGGGUUAUUGACUGGGUAAAUGACAGACACUGAAGAGAAACUUGUUGCUGACAUAUCUUAACUUUUUUCUGGGUAAACAGCCGAGAUCAGGAGGAAGUUUCCGAUUUUGUGGCUUUCGUUCUCAGACAUUCGGUGAAGGUUUGAGCUGAAUGUGAAUGUUUGAUUUCUACAGAAGUAUUUUCGCACUGUCUGACCGUCCAGGACUCUGUGGAGGUUUCGAUCAUUAACAGAAGAGAUCGUUUCACUGACCGCACCCUUCCCCCUCUCUCUCUGCACAUCCUGCUGCGCGCUCCACCUUCACUUCCUGGUCGCUGCGCGUCUCCUCCACAGUGUGAGAGUGUGUGCGUGUGUGUCAGGUCCGAUCCACAGCAGACUGGACCAGGACCAGGACUAACGGACUGUGGACAGUCUGCUGCCAUGUACUUAUUCAACAACAAACCUGCGAGUGUGAUCCUGCUGUCAGCUCUGCUGCUGGGGGUGCUGUACAUGUACAUCUACCAGUCCAGCAGGUGCAGAGUCAUGUCUUCGGACCAGCAGGGGAAUGCAGUCAACGGCAGAUCUGCUGAAGUGCAUGUUGAGACUCAUGGGCUCCACCUGGUGGCUCCUGACCAUCUGCAGUACCAACAACCCAGCAUCGUGAAGGGUCGUAACGACGUGGUGUCGGUGACACCCUGGUUGGCUCCUAUUGUCUGGGAGGGAACCUUUAACCCAAUUCUACUCGACAGUAUCUACAAGGCAAAGAAUAUUACUGUCGCAGCUACUGUGUUUGCUGUUGGAAAAUACAUCAUGUUCCUGAAAAACUUCCUGGAGACAGCAGAGCAGCACUUCUUUGUUGGUUUUAAUGUGCACAUCUACGUGUUCACUGACCGGCCGGGGGAGGUGCCCCAAGUCAAGAUGGCUGCCGGCAGACAGCUGACGGUGCGUUCGGUACCCAGCUCUAACCGUUGGCAGGAGAUCUCUGCUCGAAGGAUGGAGCUCAUCCAGUUGUUGAUAGAGGAGAAGCUUCGUUAUUACGUUGAUUACGUGUUCUGUCUGGAUGUUGACUCUAACUUCCACGGUCGAUGGGGGACAGAGUCACUGGGUGACCUGGUUGCUGUCAUACAUCCAGGUUACUACUUGGACGACCGCAGCAAGUUUCCCUAUGAGCGGAGGCCCCAGUCCAGGGCCUACAUUGCGGCUGGGGAAGGCGACUUCUACUACUGCGGGGGGGCAUUUGGAGGCCUCAUAGAGGAAGUACACCUGCUCGCCAAAACCUGCCGUGCCAACUUCGAGGCUGAUGCCAAGGAGGGUAUUGAGGCUGCAUGGCAGGAAGAGAGUCAUCUGAACAGGUACAUGUGGAUCAACAAACCCACAAAGGUGCUGUCACCUGAGUACCUGUGGCAGGACUUCAAAUCUAGAAACCCUGAGAUUCACAUCAUCAGAUUCUCUGGAGUUGUUAAGAACUAUGCUGAGAUCCGACCCAACGCCUGAGAGGCCAUACAUGACCGGACUGAACUGACCUCAACUGGAAUGGAAGAUGAAGCACCAAAGUCAUGGUUUGACAGGGUUUGAAAGAGCCUGGAUUCACCUCUGGAACUGGUUUAGACCAGCCUGAGCCUUAUCCAUAGUCCACCUCUUCUUCUGGCAGACAGAAUCCAAAUCUUGUCAGCCAAAAGGACAACACAGAAUUAUAGUAGAUUUUAGAAGAAUUUACUGUGAUUAAAUGGUGUUACACACGGACCCGUAUCGCUUCUAGACUAAGAAGAGCUAGCUAACAUGGCAUCACCUCUACCCAGCAUGUGCAGCUUUGUUGAAUUUUUGAAUUCAAACUGAAUUAGUUUUGGACUUUUUUAAUUGGACAUCUCUCUUUAUUUUGAAUCUAGCCACUGGCUCUGUCCACAUAAUGACCACAAGCCAAAGCUUUGGCUGUUCCCUUACGUUUGAUUUCUGUGGACUUCCUCACAUAACUAUGAAACUCAGGUGACUGACACUUACCAUUGCACAGGAAUCAUCACGAUACACGGCGAAGGAGUGAAGUUGCUGGUUUCCCUAUGCACAUAAUGUAGACGAGAUACUAAACUCAAACGUGCUGUGACAGAAGCUGGCAGGCUAACAGGAAACGAAAGAAAGUUAUGCUAACAGUGGUCUGGUCAGCGUGAACGCUCGCAUUAUGUUCAAACGGUACACUCAAAAGUGACUACAGUUCUGAUCCAAACAGAGUUUAUGAUGUAACAGAUUGUCAUGCUAUAGAAAUAGGAUUUUCAUGACAACACUGUGUAACCACGGGAUAGCAUAAGGUAAAGCUACAACUAAAUGGACUCUAAUCAGUUGUUAAUCUGUUUCUCAAAUCAGUAAUUGAAGCAUAUUCAGGUUAAGUCAAUAAUUACUACUAACAAUUGAUAACCAACAUAUUUAGGGGCCCAUGCCUAAGGAGGCUGGGGGCAAUGCAAAGUGUUAAACUGGUAAAGGUUUUUAUUAUUAUUUCUAUUCCAUUUGUAAAAGAAUCAGAAUAAUGUGGGAUUUUUAUUUUAUAUAUCAGCAAUGACUAAAUUAUUGUGAUUUAUUUAAAAUUUCGUGACAUACUUUCUGCAUGUGAGUUUUAAGUCAUCCACUGCUGUCAAUAAACCCUGUUACUUCAUA